CAGAGCAGGAACAGACUGGCAAGCCUUUAGCUUGGGAGAAGCAGCACUCACACUCCCUUUAUUCCCUGAACUUGGGCUUCAGCGGGAAGAAGCUAGUUUUCUUCCCUAGUUCCUGGGUCAAGGCAUCAGAAGCAGCCAGGGAAACUCCAAGCCACCUAAAGUCCCUGGCUGGGAGCUGUGUUCCCCUCCUCCACUCUGUCUCCCCCGCCCCCCGGAUGUCCACCAUGGAGAGCAAGGGUGAGAUCAGCGACACAGACAGCGGCAUCAUCCUGCAGUCUGGUCCUGACAGCCCAAUUUCCCCAAUGAAGGAGCUGACCCAUGCAAUGCGGAAGCAGCAGCGAGCUCUGGAAGAACAUCUGGAGUUAUGUCUGGAGGAAUUAAAGAAACUCUGUCUUCGAGAAGCAGAGCUGACAGGCACAUUGCCACAGGAGUAUCCCCUCAAACCAGGAGAAAAGGCCCCUAAAGUUCGAAGGAGGAUUGGAGCAGCUUACAAACUGGAUGAACAGACCUUGCGAAGAGAGGAUCCUCUGAGCAGCCUGGAACAGGAGCUGGCGCUGCAGCUGCAGAUCGCAGAGGCGGCCCGGCGUCUCUACAAAGAGGAGAACCUUACUAAACAGAUCCGAAGGCGGAGGAAGCAUGCCGUGCUGCAGGAGGAGAAGAAGCUCCGGGAGCUAGAACACAGCCUCCAUGAGCGUAGGCUGAGUAGUGGGUGUACACCCCUUUCUCCUGCCACCAUGCUCAGGGGAGAGCUGAGUACUUCUGAUGACAGCUCCCUGUCUGACGCAGUGCUAUUGGAAGAAGAAGAAGCCCAAUUGCCAAAACCUGUUCCAGAGUCCCCAGCACCGCCUACCAGGGCCCUCCCACCCCAGCGGCUCGAAGGGUUGAAGCCAGCAGUGCCUGAAACAGGGGGUCCAGAGCGCUCUCCAAUCCAGAAUACCCCCUGGAAGGAAACUAGUUUGGACCAUCCGUAUGAGAAGCCCAAGAAAUCACCCUCAGACCUUGAAAGCGAGUCCAGCAGCCCAGCCACGACACCCCAGGAUGGGCCAAGCUCCAUCAGCCCCUGGGUGCUGGAAGCACCCACAUAUCAUGUGGUCCCACUCCGAAAUAUUCCUGGACAAGUUCAAGGCCGGGCAAGUGCCCCUGCUACUCCAGAGAUUCAGGGAAGACGGGGACAAUCCCAGUCUCUAAGGGUAGAUUCCUUCCGAGUGUGCCCAGAAGGCCGGGGCCGAAGCGCUAUCCCUCGUCGGCGUCCCACACACUAUACAGUGACUGUACCUGACUCUUGCUUCCCUUCAGCAAAGCAUCCCCUGCCCCCCCACCCUGCCUAUCACUCUGGCUCUGAAGAUAGCAGCUCUGAUGUCUCCAGCAUUUCUCACCCCACCUCUCCAGGCAGCAGCAGCCCAGACAUCUUCUUGCGGCCCAUGUCCCCAUCUGAUCAGUUUUGCUCUCGGAGAACCUGGGUCUCUGCUGAUGGACGUGAGCUGGCAGCUUAUUGCCCUAAGUUGCUGCUCCCAUCUGGAUAUUUCCCAGCAGAGAGGUAUGUAAUGGUGGCAGACAGGCAACAAGUACCCGCUGGAUGGGAGCUUUGCCGCCUCGGACCUGGUGCCAUCUAUGAUGAAGACGGAACAUUUCUGCGCUACCAGCGACUAGUACCUUCUCACAGCCGGAUUGUGAGGACACCGUCCUUGAAGGACAGCCCUGCGGGCCGGGGACUCAGCAAGGCAGCUGUGUCAGAGGAACUCAAGUGGUGGCAUGAGCGGGCACGGUUACGGAGUGCCCGUCCGCAUUCACUAGACCGGCAGGGAGCCUUUCGCAUGAGGAGCCUCCCUCCGAGCAGAGAGAGUUUUGGGAGAGUCAUGGGGAGAACACAGGUACAUGUGCUGAAGAGGACAUCUGAGGGAACCCCUAUGCAAGUCUAUGUACCAGAGAAUGGAGAAAUCAUCAGCCAAGUAUAAUACUGUGGCUCUCCCUCUCGUGAUUAUGGAGUGCUACUAUCCCACUGCUGGGAGAGCACCUUGGACUGGAGUGGGCUGACUGGAAUAGGCUUCAUCCUGUACCCUAAGCCCACCCUGGCACCUCUCCCUACACUCAUUGCAGGUCGAUGAGCAAGACGUCUUCUCAGACUUCCUCUGAUUUUGGUCUAGGAAGCCUGGCCUGAAAUUUUAUACUUCUGUGUUAUUCUCAAAAAUUUUAUUAUGUUCUGCUUUAUCCUGUCUGACUGUCUGUUAACGUUUUGCUGUCUCAAUCAUGAGGGAGCCCCCUAUGUUAAGGUUGUUUCAAAGGGCGUCAACAGAAGCCAACUAUGUCCAUGGCUCUCUCUGUUAGAGAUCAGACAUCUCCAAAACCCAUGGUGGGGAGAAGGUUACAGGUGUCUCCAAAUCCUCAUGUCUCUACAGGUCCCACGAUCCUGAUGGGGUGGACUAUUUUUUUGCUUUCUCUCUCUUAGUAAUGUGCUCUGUGAUGCACAGCCCAAGUAAUGGAUUUCUUAGCCCACAGAUCCAUUAAAAGAGCAAUUUCUUGUCACUUAACUUGGAAAGAAAAAAAAGGAAAAGAAUAAAAUGUGACUGGUUUGGCAAGUCUCCAAACUCAGUUUCCACUUGCUAUCUCCACCUCCCACCAUGGAGCUCAGUAACGUGACCUUCCCCAAGCUGUAAGAUCUCAUCUUCUGCUUGGAUUUCAGGGCACUGCAUUUGGAACUGUCCAUUAAGAAGGCAAAGUUUUGUUAACCACACUGGCUCUUGGUGGAGGAUGACAUAGGGGGAAAUCUGUGUUGAUUGUAUAACCACUAUGGGAAAUGAGGGUAAAUAAACCUAUGUUUACAUCCUUUGCUUAAACAGAGCAAUCUGCAGAACCUGUUCUAGGACAUGAGAGCUAGGAAGGAAAUCACAGAGGAGAGAGGAGGAAUGCUUUAUACCUAGCACCAGCCAGGAACCAGUGCUUCCCACUAGGUUAAACUAAGGAUUUAAAGGCCUCAGGACUUGGAUGUUAGACUGAAGAAGGACAUCAGGGUCUUAUAGGAAAAGAAAAGGGUUUCUACUUAAUUGCACUAAGGGUUCCAUAGGGAGACCCAAGGGUAGGGGAAGGGUAGGCCCUAUAAUUGCAUGAUUUAUGUGCCAACUCUUGUUCCUUCCCUACUUCUCAAGACUGGUUCUGAUAAUCAGCUUUAACUUCUUUUCUAGACUUCAUCUUCCCCCACAACCAGAGACCACUCCACCUUCUCAUUUCCUUUUUUUUUUUUAAUCACCCCAAUGUGUGUCUUUUCCUCACCCUGAAAUGUCUCCUCCUCAGUAGCUCCCAAAACCGAGCCAGCCAGGUCCCAGGGACCUCCCUACCACAGAAGUCUUUCUCUAUUUACUUCUUGGUUCUCCAUAGCCCCUGACGGCUUCAUAAAAUGACCUUUUCUCCAGCUGUGGGGUUGGAACUGUGUGGGGUGUAGUAUCAAAUUCUCCUUAAAUAAAAUGUACUCUUUGUGAUCAUCAUAGCUAAAACUGUGGGGAUAAGGGCUGUCAAGCUCUAAUACUCUGAAGACUGUUUUUUCCCAGGCUGAGGGAAAGCCACUGGCCUUUCUCCAUCUGGUCAGAUUCCCACCCCAGAAAAGUGAGGAUGGAUGGAUCUUUGGGUUUCUUUCUUUUUCUGAUAGGCACAAAAGUAGACUCAGUAAGCCCAUGGGUGUAUCCUUGGCUGCUGGCAGUCCAUCUUUCCUGCCUGCUACAGUCUCUUCCCCACUUCCACCCCCAUUUCUGUCCCAUCUCAUUGAGGAAACCUGUAUAACCAUAUUAGGUCUCACUUGGUCAUUCUUCAAAGAAAUUUUUGUGUCCUUAAAAUUAACUAGUGGUUGAUACUCCGGGUUGGGAUUUUUGGAGACAUUCUCCUACCAUCCUCCUUCCUAUUCCCUUCCCUAUUGGUCCCCUACCAGGCCUCUGUGUGUGUGUGUGUGUGUGUGUGUGUGUGUGUGUGUGAGAGAGAGAGAGAGAGAGAGAGAGAGAGAGAGAGAGAGAGGGAGGUGUAAUCUAGUAGAAAAGAAGUCUUGGGCAUGGAGGGUAGGGGACACUUAAUAAAAUGGAAUUAAAUAAUUUUGACCACUCCUAUUUUUCCCAGAGUUGGGGGGGAUGGGUUAAAGUGUUUUUGUGGUUAUAUUUUAUAGAGACACAGUCCCCUUACUACCAUUCCCUAAGAGAGAAAUAGUUGUUUUCUCCACACAGAGUGUUCCCACUCCCCCAUGGACAGUCCAUGUUUUGGGAGAUGGUCCCUCAGAGAAAUGUUAUGACCUUGAUGCGGGGGUAGGGCAUGAGAAUAAAGUCCCCUCAUGAGUCUGGUGAUAGAGAGGACUGGACUGUAAAGUCCAAGCUAGCUCCCUGGAGGCCUCAGAAUCAGCCAGAGUCAGGAUAAGCAAAAGUCCUUGGUCUGUCUUUAGGGGGAGAAGUGAAAGGCAUGCCACAUGCUCUCCACUGACCAACCUCCCUUCUCCUUGUCCUCCAAAGUGACCCUGACUUGUCUUACUCUACCCCCUAAUCCCUCCUAUAUCUGUAUACACUAAAAGAUCCAGCCAGCAUGGAAUAGUGAGAAGGGCCAUUUUCCAAGCAU